AUGCCUCCACACCUCCUCGCGAACGCGCACACACGCACGCACACACUGCCAGACGUGUUCCAGCGCGCGUCUACCUCUAGCCUGGUUGAACAGGUUCCAAUGCAGGCAGCCGCACUCGCAAACCACUUGAAGUAUGCAAGGGGAAUUGCCGUUCCGCCUGACCCGGUUGCUUUGCACGAACUCAAACUAUUCAGAUGGAGCACCUCAAGCCGUACUGCAGAAACAAUGUCUCUGAGCGGCGUUGCCUGUUUUGUUGUUUUUAAUGUGCUGCCAUGGGCGACGAUUCAGGAGUUUUCGAUUUCUUGUGACUUUCUGACAGCCAUCAACCUGAGUUUUCUGAAACUAUCGAUUUCUGUUGCUGUGCUGGAUCAUCGACAUCGCAAGAGUAUCUUCGCUGUUCGAUCUGCGGCCGAUGAUAGGAGUGAUAUUUUCACCACCUCUGCAGACAGACGUCGUGUGGAGGUCGUGGAGGAGACGGUGCUCUUGGCUUAUCAAGGUCUGGCCAAUUCACAGUCUCAUGGCGUCAGAUGGGAACCAGCCAAUCACAGCCUUUCGCCGGGAAAACGGUUACUAAUUAAAGUAGCGAAAAGUGAACAGCUUUGUUUAGUUGUGCCAGCGUCUUCUGUUCACAACUCUUUAUGGGAUGCUUUACGGUCAGGCAAUAAACCAGAAAAGCGUUUUAUGGCAAGCAACCUGCGUCUGAUUUACCGGAAAAAAAGAACUCACUUCCUUGGGGGAGUGAAUAGUAAAAAUUGGACGGCUCGUAAAGCCAACUUGUCUGGCCGUGGGCAGACGCACUUUUACGCGCCCCUAAGCUAG